GCCUAACAUGACUACAGCUGGACUUUACUGCUCCAUUCACCCAACACUGGAUAUACAAUUUUUCUCUUUGGAUUUAUCUCUUUAAAUAUCUAUAAGUUAACUCUACAUCAAUUUUACGGGGUUAAUAUGGAAGUUUGCUAAAGUUCACUCCAUCCCAGACUUCCAACUUGAGAAGCAUGUUGAUCACAAAGAUUGAAGCCAAGGAGGCCUGUGAUUGGCUGCAAGCGGCUGGCUUCCCUCAGUAUGUGCAAUUAUUCAAAGACUGCAGGUUCCCCAUCGACAUUGAGUGGGCAAAGCGUGAUCACCACUUCCUGGAUAGAGAUGCUCUGGAUUCACUCUGCAGGAGAUUAAACACUUUAAACAAAUGCGUGGAAAUGAGGCUGGAGCUGCGGAGAUCGAAACGAAGGGGAGAUCCCUAUGACGAAGAAGACUUCUGUGCCAUCAGCCCCAACUGGACCUAUGACAGGCGGGCGAGACGAUGGCGACGCCUCGACUCCCAGGGUGUGUCUCUGUGUGACCCCAGUGACCUCCAGGAUGUGUGCUCCAUCCACAGCUCCAGCAGCACUGAGAGUGAAGGUCACCACAAGAGUCACAGAGACGCUACUACCACAACAACCGCCUCCAUCAGAAUUACAGAUGACCAGGAGACCAGCAGGAGCUCCUCCCGCUGCUCCUCCUCGAACAAGACGCUUUCUCUGGACCCCUCGUAUAGUGGACCCUCCUCCCCUGGGGGAAGUGGAGGAGGGUCGUCCACCAUGAGUCUGGAGGCUGAAGGCUGCUUCUCAGACAAACCGCCGAGGAAGAAGGGCAGCAGUCUGCUGAGGAAGAUGGAGAAACUGAGGAUGAGGGGACCCACCGGCCUCCUCUCUUCUGCUCACAGUGGAGGUGGUAACAGCCGGAGUCGGACCCGGCACGUUAUUCAGGUCCAGGAGGAGGAGAGGAUGAAGAGGCUCAACAGCCCGUCUAGCUGUGCAUCUUCCUCGCCUUCGUCUCCUCACACCACCAUCAGCAGCAACAGCAGUAACAGCCAAUCAGAGAGCAGCAGCACCGUCAGCACGCCUAGCCCGGUCACCCGCGUCAGGAGCAACUGCAAACGCUCUAACAGUGGAGUCGAGGGUGGAACCACCCGGAACAACCAGAACCACACAGAAACAGAGGACUACAGGAACCAGAUCAACAACAAAAACAACAGCAGCCACCAGAGUCUGGUCUUCCAGGUCCCGCAAGGACACAAACCAGGGACCUUCCCCACCUCUCUGGCUCAUAAACACACUAUCCUGUCCACAAUCAUCGACAGCAACUCGGUCAACUGGAGGACCGGGAGCUUUCACGGUUACCGGGGUCGAAACAGUUGCCAUCUGGGGACAUCUUCGCUGGCCGCUGAGGUGGUCCGCAGUCCACUCGCCGUGCUGGAUCAUCGGCUGAGUAUCUACGACAACGUGCCAGACGACCAGCAGCUGUCUGAAAGUGAAGGUGGCAGUGGGGGAAGUGGCAGCGAUGCAGAGCGGAUGGGGGAGGAGUCAGAGGUGAGUGAGUUGUUGGCAGGCGAAGACGUCUUCUCUGCACUGGACAGCGUUUUGGAGAGGAUCGGUGACCUCCAACAGCUGGUCUCCACCUGGUCUGAAAGUCUAUCCGAGGACGACUGCCAGAGAGGUUCCUCCUCAUCCUCCUCCUCCACCUCUUCAUCUUCUUCUCAGGACACUCCUUCCAGAGGCUCCUCAGCAGCCUCCCCCUGCCCCUCCUCCCCCAGCCACAUCCACCUGGAGGUGCAGCAGGAGGAGGCCCCUGAGACCGGAGAGGAGCCGAAGACCAUAUCGCCACAACCCAGGAGCAGCAGGGUGAGUCGGCAGCUCUGGUCCAGUGAGCAGAGCCUGGCCUCCAGUCCAGGAGUGGAGAGCCAGUCCGUGUCCCAGUUCCUCCUGCUGCAGAAACUCUCGCUGCUCAAACUCACCGCUCUGAUGGACAAAUACUCCCCGUGCAGUAAGCAGGGCUGGAACUGGACUGUUCCUAAACAGCAGAGGAAGACCAAGCCAAUGGAGGUGAAAGGUCGGCGGGUUUUUGGGGUUCCUCUUCUGUCCAGCGUCCAGCAGACAGGAGAGCCACUUCCUCCCAGCAUCCUCAGGGCACUGGUCUACCUGAGGACCGAGUGUUUGGACCAGGUGGGUCUUUUCCGUAAGUCUGGGGUGAAGUCUCGUAUCCAGUACCUCAGAGAGCUGGUGGAGUCGGACCCGUUAGUCGUUUUAUACGACGGUCAGUCCGCCUUCGACGUGGCCGACAUGGUGAAGCAAUACUUCAGAGACCUGCCUGAACCCAUCUUCACCAGCAAACUCUGCGAGUCCUUCCUCCAAAUUUACCAAUAUUUCCCCAAGGAUCAGCAGCUGGUUGCAGCUCAGGCGGCCAUCUUGCUUCUUCCUGAUGAGAACAGGGUGGCGCUGCGUACGUUGCUCUUCUUCCUGCGGGACGUGGUGGCCUGUGUGGAGGAGAACCAGAUGACUCCAACAAACAUCGCAGUUUGCCUGGCGCCGUCACUUUUCCACCUCAACACCCUGAAGAGAGACGCCAAUGCCCGAUCCAGUCACAGGAAGUACAGCCUGGGCCGCCCGGACCAGCGGGACCUGAGUGAGAACCUGGCCGCCACGCAGGGCCUCGCUAACAUGAUCACCGAGGCCCAGAGACUCUUUCAGCUUCCAGAGUUUUGGCCCAGUCAGCUCUUGAGUGCUGCGGGCUCCACCGAGGACUCGCUCUCUGAGGAAGGAGAAGGGCUGGUGGCCUUCAGUCCGAGUGGAGGUGAGGAGGAGGAGCAGGAGGAGAGACGGAUCAAGCUGCAGCUGAGCACGCAGCCCCUCCUGAAGGAGGCCAGGGAGAGGAGCCGGGGCUGGGAGAGCCACUCAGCUCCAGAGUCCGUGGAGCUGGCCUCCAAGAAGAUGGACGAUGGCUGCCCGCUGUGGAUGUGGCGCGGCUCUGUGGAAGUGGACGCCCCCCAGAAGGAGCUGCUGCAGCGGCUGCUGAGGGAGCAGCAGCUGUGGGAGGGAAGCCUCCGUCAGGCCUCCGUCAUCCAGACACUGUCCAAGGACGCAGAGGUCUACCGCUACCUGCUCCACGGCCCCGGCCUCGGCCUGGGCUCCUGGCCCCCGCAGGAGCAUCUGCUGCUCAGGACGUGGCAGGCAGACCCUUCCUCCGGCCCUCUGUACCUCUCCUCUGUUUCCACGGAGCACCCAGAGGUGCUGAUGGAGGGGGUCAGGGCCCACGUCCACUCCUGCCUCUACCUGCUGGAGCCAAAUGGAGCCAGGAAGACCCGACUGACACAUCUCUGCAGGACAGACACCAGGGGCCGGUCGCAGGAGUGGCACUGCAAAGUGAGCGGACAUCUUGUGGCCUCCGGUCUGCUGGCCAUCAGGGACUCCUUCAGAGCCGAACACAAAGAGACCAACAUUUAAUGCAGAUGUUGUCACCCUGAACUCGUAACUUAGUCAAACUCUCAUCCUCAUGCAGAACGCUGAAAAAAGGGACACCACGGCAUCGUUGUCUCAUGACUUUUUGAAGCUUGAAAGUGAAACUCGAGCACAGCAUGCUGGCCUCCGAGGGCGUCCCUCAAACAUUGGUGUCUCCUUGGAGUUUCUGUAUGUGUUCGUUUGUUUUGUCAGUGACCUUGCAGAGUGCCAGCAGCUGCCCUGCACUUCCUGCUGCGUCUGCUAUGCUUCACACUCACAGAAAAAUGCAAGCUUUGACAGAGGACAUCGGAGAGAGGAUGAAAAGCUUGACUUCUUCUGAGCAAAAAUGGCGAGACAUAGCAAGUGGACAGUAUUUUUUUUAAUCAGGAACUGACUUUGUUACCAAUUCUCUGCGUAAAACAUGAUAUCAAGAAAAACGUCAGGGGGAAACACAUGGUAGCUUCCUGGACGAACACAGGAAAUAAGGACAGAGAACAUCAGGAAACAGACACCAGACAUUUGGCUACAGUAAAAAGGAAAGAAGGGGAAAAGGACAGAGUGAAUGCUGGGAAGCGACGGGCGUUAUAGCACCAACCCUAAAACCAGGAGAGAGAAAGUAGACAGCCGCCGUGAAAAACGAUGACAGGGUGCCAUGGAUUCAGCAGGGACGAGGAAUUAGGACACUAGUGGAACGUCUAUUUGUCCCAUUUCAAUGACUGUUCUCACUUUUAAAUUCAUCCCCAUGUGAUGUAAAUUCACCCCGAAACAGGACACACGUGUGACAGUUCAAAGACGAGCGAUAUCUACCUCUCCACAGGAAGACGGCACCGCAACGUGACUUUGAAGCACAACAAGGUUGUGAUUUGGCGGAGGACUUUUUUGUGUGUGUGUGUGUGUGUGUGUGUGUGUGUGUGUGUGUGUGUGUGGUGUUGUGUGUGUGUGUGUGUGUGUGUGGUGUGUGUGUGGUGUGUGUGUGUGUGUGUGUGUG